AUGCUUGUAUGGCAAUCUCUUGAUGAAGACUCUGAAAUCUGCGAACUCCUGCCUGGUGGACGUGAUGGUGAAGUCUCCAGCGUGGAUGAAGAUGUCGGCUUCGGGCCAGGAGGAAGCGUCGAUGAGGUGGUGGUCGACGUGAGUGUCCGACAUCGCCAGGAUUCUUAUCUUGCGCUUGGGAAGCGAAGGUUGCUAGGCUUUCAUGUGAUUCUGGGCCAUAUGUCAGAAGGCAAGAACAACCUCACCCAGUGCUUCGGUCGCAAGAAAAACUCAGUAGCCGUCGCUUCAGUCCGCCCAGGCAAAGGCGUCCUCCGCGUCAAUGGCUCCCCCAUCGAACUUCUCGAACCUCAGUCACUCAGAGCCAAGGUGCUUGAGCUCCUGUUGCUCGGCCUCAAGCGUUUCCAAAACCUUGACAUCCGCAUCAGAGUCAGAGGCGGUGGCUACGUCUCGCAGAUCUACGCCAUCAGACAGGCGCUCUCCAAGGGAGUCGUUGCCUACUACCAAAAGUACGUCAACGAGACCGAGAAGAGAGAGAUCAAGUACUCCUUCCAUCACAUAGAAUUGCUGCUCCAGUACGACAGGUCCCUCCUCGUCGCCGAUCCCAGAAGAUGCGAGCCCAAGAAGUACGGAGGUCCCGGCGCCAGAGCCAGAUACCAGAAAUCCUACAGAUGA